AUGGCCGCACCCGCGCCCCAUGUGCUGGCCUUGCCCUUCCCCGCGCAAGGCCAUGUCAUCCCUCUCAUGGAGCUGUCCCACAGCCUUGUGGAGCACGGCAUCAAGGUCACCUUCGUCAACACCCAGCACAACCACCACCUCAUCCUUGCCUCCCUCCACGUCUCCAAGCCCGACUCUCAAGACGGAAUUACCAGCCUCGGAGGGGUCGACAUGGUCUGCAUACCGGACGGGCUGGCCGACGGCGAGGACAGGAAGGACCUCGCGCGGCUCGCCGAGUCCUUCUCGGAGGUCAUGCCCGGCGAGCUGGAGAAGCUGAUCGCAAGGCUGUCCGAAUCGGCCGGUGCAUGCAACUGCAAGCUGACGUGGAUCAUCGCCGACGCGAGCAUGGCGUGGGUGUUUCCCGUGGCCAAGAGGCUCGGCCUCCGGGUCGCCGCCUUCAACCCGCUGUCGGUGGCCAUGUUCGCCACGAGGAUCCGCAUCCCCGAGCUGAUAAGGGACGGGGUGGUGGACGAGAAAGGCCUGCCGAAGCAGCGCGGCACGUUUCGGCUGGCUCCGGGGAUGCCGCCCAUGGACACCACGGAGCUCUCGUGGAACCGCGCCGGCGGCCCCGAGGGCCAGCCGUUCAUAUUGGACUUCAUCCUCCGGAACAACGCGGCCACCCGCCUCGCCGAGGCGGUCGUCACCAACUCCGUCCAAGAGCUCGAGCCGGGAGCCAUGGCGCUCUUCCCCGACGUCCUCACCGUGGGCCCGCUCCUCUCCGACAAGCCGGUCGCCAGCUUCUGGGCCGAGGACGCCACCUGCGCGGCGUGGCUCGACGCGCAGCCGGCCGGCUCCGUCGUGUACGUGGCGUUCGGCAGCUUCGCCAUCUUCGACCGGGCGCAGCUCGUGGAGCUGGCGGAGGCGCUGGCGCUGACCUCCCGGCCCUUCCUGUGGGUGGUGAGGCCGGACUCGGCGAGCGAGGAGUGGGUCGAGGACCUCCGCCGCCGCGCCGGGCCGCGCGGCCGCGUGGUGGGCUGGUGCCCGCAGCAGCUGGUGCUGGCGCACGCGUCCACGGCGUGCUUCCUGUCGCACUGCGGGUGGAACUCGACGCUGGAAGGGCUGGUCAACGGCCUGCCGUUCCUGUGCUGGCCCUACUUCACGGACCAGUUCCUCGACCGGGGCUACAUCUGCGACGUGUGGCGGACGGGGCUGCAGGUGGCCGCCGGCGAGACGACGGGGACGCUCGUGGGAAGAGAGGCGAUACGGGGCAAGGUGGAGGAGCUGCUGGGCGACGCGGAGAUCAAGGCCAGGGCGCUCGCGCUGAGGGACGUUGCUCGCGGCGCCGUCGCAGACGGCGGGUCGUCGUCGCGCCGGAAUCUCGCACGGUUCGUCGACCUCGUCCGAGGAUCAACGAGCUAG